AUGUUCGCCGCGCGUCACGGCCUGGGGGCCCUUCUUAAGGAUGGCUAUCGCACCUUCACGGGCAUCGAUGAGGUGACAGCCAAAAACAUCGAGGCUUGCAAAACCCUCACAGACAUCAUAAAGACAUCUCUGGGCCCUUACGGGCUGAGCAAGUUGGUCGUGAAUGCCUGGGGAAAGCGCUCCGUUACAAAUGACACCGCCGCGAUCCUGAGAGACCUUGAAGUACAGCAUCCCGCGGCGAAGCUGCUGGUGAUGGCCGCUGAAAUGCAGAAGCAAGAGAUGGGCGGCGGUUGCAACUUCCUCCUCAUCGUCGCAGGCUGUCUCCUCACGAAUGCGGAUUACUUGCUGCGCCAGGGGCUGCAUCUAAGCGAUGUCAUUCAAGGAUAUGAACUCGCGCUGGAGAAGGUUCCGGCUUUUCUCGAUGAGGCCGCCUGCCACACCGUCGAAAACCUCAAAGACUCCAAGCAGCUCGAACCCGUGCUGAGGACGGUCUUGGCCAGCAAGCCGCUCUGUAUAGAGGCGGGGCUGGCUGGGUUACUGGCUGAUGCUAUUGCGUCGGUGAUGCCUCCUAAGUUCGAGGACUUCGACCCCGACAACAUUCGAGUCGCCAAGCUGCAGGGUGGCCGCCUCAGCCAGUCCACCGUGCUGAACGGCAUGGUCAUCACCAAGCCUCCCCACGGCACUGUUGAGGCAAAGGGGAACUGCAAGGUGAUGGUGUUGGGCUGUGGCCUCGAGUGUGCCACAACGGAGGCUAAAGGGACGGUUCUUAUCCAUACCGCUGAAGAGCUGAAGAACUUCACCAAGGGAGAGGAGGCACAAAUGGAGGAAAUCAUCAAGGGCAUAAAGAAUGCAGGCGUGGAGGCAAUAAUUGUGCACGGAGGCGGCAUCGCGGACAUAGCGCAGCACUUUUGCAACAAAUACGAAAUCCUCACUAUAAAGGUGGGGCAGGGCAAAGAAGCCUGGGUUGUCUCCUUACUGAUUUGGGGGGCUAUGUUCGCUAGUGUGUUUGCCGUCAUGCGAGUCUGCCUGCUGGCGUCGUCUGUCAGUCCCACUCACCUCGCGCGUUGUCCGCAUCUUGAGGUCUGUAAAGGGACGAAAGUGCUGCGGAUGGCAUUUUGUGAAGGAGCCGGCGCAGCGAGCAGGCGCUGCAGGAGGGAGUUAAUGCAGCAGUAUCGGUCUUUGAUGAUGUCGCCGCAGGUUCCGUCCAAGUUUGAAACCCGACGUCUUUGCAGGGCGCUAGGCGCGACAGCCCUGGUUCGCCUGGGCGUGCCCAUGGCUGAUGAGUUGGGGGUGGCAGAGUCGAUUCGAACGAUCGAGAUCUCCAGCACCAAAGUUACCCAGAUCCUGUGCAGGGACACCCGCGUACAGACCGUAGUGCUUCGUGGGUCGACCCCGUGUGUCCUGGACGAGGCUGAGAAGGCCGUGGACGACGCCUGUGCCUUCGCUAAGGCACUUACCAAAGACCGACGCUUCGUCGCGGGAGCUGGAGCGGCAGAAAUGGAGAUCGCCAGGAAGCUGCAGGCGGUGGCAGAGAAACUGCCCGGUACCGAGCAAUACGCCGUCCUUAAGGCUGCCGAAGCCUUCGAAGCCAUUCCCAGACUGUUGGCGGAAAGCGCCGGUCUGAAUGCCACAGAGGUCCUGGCCGCGUUGCAUGCCGCGCAUUCAACAGGGCGCGUACUCGAGGGGGUGAACGUAGAGGCCUUUGUGGGUGCAGUAGCUUCCAGCCGGGGGUUCUCCGGCAACUCCAAAGUGAACAUGACCGUUGAUGCGAAGAGCCAAGGCAUUCUGGAUCACUUGCAGACAAAGGCAUGGGCCAUUCGCCUUGCAUUCGACGCUGCUAUCACCACUCUGCGCGUUGACCAAAUCAUCAUGGCGAGACCUGCAGGCGGCCCUGCUCCCCGUGAGUCCUUUGUCACUACGAAAAUACACAAGCUACCUUGCCACACAAAGCAGGCGGUCUUAUCGAGCCGCACGUGA